AUGUCAACACCUGCUAGAAAGAGUAAAAAGCGACACUCCAGUAUAAAUGCUCCGUUUAAAUCUCCAUUAAAAAAGAUCAAUGAAAGUAGCAGUUUCACUGAUCCUGAUGUUAACAAUCGAAACAAUGAAACUAAUAAACAAGUAAGAGUUAUUGGAAGUCAAUCAAGCUUUCAUAAUGCUGAUGAACAAACCAGCCCAUUCCAAACUGAACUACACCCGGAGAAGGAAAACAUUCCGAUUGCUAGAGUUAGUAUUGGUGAUAUUAGCGACAACGAGGAUGGCGAUGACUUGGAUGACAACAAUGAAAUAGAAAAGUGUGUUGACGAAUUGUUAUCAAAGCGACCAAACCAAAGUUGCAUUGAUUUGGAAGUGGAAUUAGCUCAAUGUCGUAAUCGUUUGCAUGCUUACAAUGAAGCCAAAGAUUCAUGUAUAAUACUAUUCGGUCUGUUAGCGAAUAAUCGAGGUUGUCUGGUCCGAGAUUUGUAUUCUGAAUACGGUCUAGAUCUGGAUGACUAA